GACUUCUUUACCUGUUGGCGCUACGCUGCAUGCUUCUAAGAUUGCCCUAGCCUGUUGAAAUCUUCAGUUAGUCUGCAGAACACCAGAACACCUGGCGGUAACGAUGGUUGCCGCUACGCGAAGCCGUCGCAAGUUAUCCCACGAAAUAGAUUCGUUAGAGCUUAACGCGAACAAUAAGCUAGUAGUGCCUCUCGCCAAUACUACGCGACAGCACGCUGCGUUAGCAGAGGACUCGUUUUCUGUCAAACCUCGGGCUUCUAACGGGGACAACAGCGAGCCCAGUCCGAGCGAGGGUUCCAAGCCUAGUCCGAGCCUGCCUUCCGAGUCUAGCCCGAGCCUCGCUACGAGGUAUGGGUCACGACUUAAUAGUGCAGAGGCGAGUGGUGAGCAGUCCCUUGGGAUUGACGAUACUCCAAACUCGAAGAGGAGAAACAGCAGGAGUGGGCGAGCGAAGACUGGCGAAGAGGGCGAAAUGGGAGGCAUUCUGGCGAAGGUUUUCGCCAGUGUAGGUAACACUGCUUGCGUUGGUGAUGGCAGCAGCGGCGGAAGCAGGGAGGGGGUGGCGGGAGGGGGCGAGAGAGGGGCUGAGGAGGAAGGAGGGGGAGGAGGAAUGGCGGGUGAUGUUGAUGCAGGGAAUCGAUCUGACGGGGGAGAAGCAGGAAAAGGAAAGCGGAGUGAGAUAGAAGGUCCAGGAGUCGGGGGUGGAAAUUCGCCAGUGCAAGGGCAGGAGACAGGGAAUGCGUUAGUGCGGGACAAUAAUCAAGAGGAGACGAGAGAAGGGGAGGAUCAAGAAGAGGGGGGAAAGCCAGAGGAGGGGAAGAGGUUAGAAGAGGGUAAGAAGAAAGAAGAGGAGAAGAAGCAAGGAGAGGGGAAGGGGAAAGAAGAGGAGCCGAGGAAAGGAGAGGAUCAGAGGAAAGGAGAUGAUCAGAGGAAAGGAGAGGAUCAGAGGAAAGGAGAGGAUCAGAGGAAAGGAGAGGGGAGGAGCAAGCGAAAGGAGGAAGGCAAGGACAAGAGGAGAGGCAAGGUCCGGAGGAGAGGCAAGAGGACGAGGAAUCGCCUGUAUCCUCUAAAGGAAGAGGAGAGGGGCGAGGUAGGAGGUGCAGUAGAAGCAUCCACACCCGCAGCACGAGACACAGCAGAAAAAGACGCAGCAGCAGCAGCUGCAAUAGAUACACCAGCAGCAGCAUUAAACGCACCAGCAGCAGCAGCAGCAGCAGCAUCUGCUCUUACGGAGUCAGUGGAUCCAGGCGAGGACACACAGGUGGAUGCGCUGGGCAUAGUGGCUCGCCUGCUCGGCUCUGACAGCCAGCCGGGCAGCCAGCCGGACAAUGAUGUGCUUGUAAAGGGCGGAGCGCUGGGAGGGAUACUAGGGGGAGUGGCUGGGGGCGUGGGGGGUGAUCGUAACGGGGGUAGUGAGGUAGGGGGUGCGGGAAAGGGGGCACCAAGUUGGGCCAAUUGGCUCAAGCCCGUGGGGAAAGCAGGAGAGAUGGUUACAGAAGGGCCUGCGGUUACCCCUAGUGUGCAGCCGUUACGGGCUGUGCUGAGGGCAGAUGGGGCGGACCCCUAUGCCCUGCCGUACAUGACUUGGAUAGGGAGUACUUUUUGAAACUGAGUCAACUGCAGGAGGAGGAAGAGGAGGAGGAGGAGAAGGGGAAGAGAAGACGGAUGUCCAAGUCAUG